AUGUGGACCAUUGUGUGUUUUGAAACCGACAAUACAGUAGAUGUCGUUCCUGAUUUUUGGUAUAAAAAUGGACUCUGUGAGUGGCCCAAUAGAAACAACAGAAUAGAUUCAAAAACAUCAGUUAAACGUCGAGUUAAUCCAGAUGAAAUUCAUUUUAAAAAAUAUAAAGCUCGAGCCUUAUUAACUAACAUUGGAACUUAUCAAGAAGCUGAAUGCAAAGCAACUAAAGCUCAACUCACAUCAGACCUUUCAUCUAACGAUGAUGACAAAGGUACUAAACAAUAUAGGAAAAUGAAAAAUAUUUUACCUGAAAAGACAAAUGAAUUAUUGAUAUCAAAACUACCUAAUCCUCCAGAACUUGAAGAAUCUGAAUCAGAAUCAAUAGAAGCUGAUGAUAUUGACAAAGACAAAGAUUAUAAUAAUGUACCGGAAAAAAAUAUUUUUACUCAGUUGUCAUGGGAUAGUGAAAAUAGUUCAAUCAAUACUACGAUGGACAAUGAACUGCAGCCUAAAAGAAACAUAACAUAUGAAAAUUCUGUUCAAUCUAUAAAAAGAAUCAAAACAGCCCAUGUGGCUACUACCUCAGACACAAAAUAUGAAGAGAAUGUAAAUGAAUGUCAAAACUCACAACCUGAAAUGUUAAUUCCUCUAAGCACUUCAACACCAGAAUAUGAAAGUGAUCAAGCGUUUAAAAAGUUUUAUAAAGAUCUCUCAUCACUUUAA